AUGCCUGUCGUGUAUACGCAUUUGGGCGCCCGAGCGCUCGAUGCCGCCCCGCAUCUGGUCCAACGCAGUCUGACUGUGAACCACACUCAGGCGAUUACCUUAGGGAUUAUGGCGGUAUAUGUUGUCGCAAUAGCCCUGCUUUGGAAUCUGCCCUAUGUUCGCUAUGUCCUCUGGCCUUUCAAAAUGCUUGUCAUUGCAUUCCAUGAAUUUGGCCAUGCGAUCACCGCUUGCUGCACAGGAGGACGAGUCAAGUCUAUCUCCCUUGAUCCCCAUGAAGGAGGUGUCACCCACAUGCAAGGCGGGAUCAGUGCCAUUACACUUCCCGCAGGUUAUCUGGGCUCCUCUAUCAUCGGCGCCCUGUUGAUCUUCGCCGGGUUUGACAUCGUGGCAAGCAAGAUCGCAAGUAUUGUUCUGGGUGUCUGCUUCCUCCUCACUCUUUGGUGGGCCCGUAAGGAUUGGUUGACGAUUAUGACUAUCAUUCUUGCUGUGGGCCUACUGGUAGCUUUUUGGUUCAUUGCCCAUGGAGAAGCUUUGCGAUGGAUCGUGCUCUUUAUCGGUGUAAUGUCCGCUCUUUAUAGUGCAUGGGAUAUUUGUGAUGAUUUGAUUCUUCGCAAAGUCAAUACCUCCGACGCUAGCGUCUUCGCCCAGAAGUACGGAGGAUCCUCCCAAUGCUGGGGUGUGAUCUGGGUCAUCAUCUCUCUUCUGUUCAUGGCGGUCGGCAUAAUCGGUGGAAUCGCAGCAUUCCCAGAGUCUUUCAGCCAACAGGAAAAUGACUCCAAGCAUUUUAUCCCCACUUGA